GAUGAGCGGCCGGAGCGCCCGCGCUGCCCUCCCUUCCCCUCUUUCCUUCUAUCUCAUCUACACGCCUCAUCUUCACACAUUGCCAUCUACUUGGGCUGGCUAGUGAGCAGGUCUCGCCGCGCACGCAAAGCAACGCAAAGCGAUCGCGGGCCGCCAUGCCGCUGUGGAGACGGAGGUCAAGGAGGCCAGAGGACGCGCCCUCUGGCCCGCCUCAGCUACCCAAUGUCGCGAGUGCCAGACAGAGCAUGAGCUUGACGACGCUUCGUGACAUGUACGCGCCAGCCAAAGACAGAGACAUCACUAGCUCAGACGCGCACGUUGAGACAUCGCAGCCAGGACCUCAGGCUACGGCCCGCGUAGCUACAUUUCCAUCUGACCAAGGGACCAAUGAUACCAACACCGUGCAGCUGCCAGAAGGUGUAGAUAUGCCAGUGAACUUGCCAGCAGGCACUCAGCCGCCGGCUCCUGGCACAUGGUCUCGAUCAGCCGGCAGGACGCCAGUAGCAGUGACGGGUGAUGUUAACUAUCGACCAGGCAGUAUGCGCCCCACGUUUAGCUCGCCCUCUCUCAGCUCAGCAGCGGCAAUGGACGACAUAGUUUCAUCGGGCCACUCAAGGUCAAAUACUACGGGCGCGAAUGCUGCGCGACCAGUCAACUACUCGAGACCUACCACGCCUUCCAAUGCAAAGAAGUCCGCACCAACCGCUGGCAGCGACGGCGAACGUGUCGCCAUGCCCACCUCUCCGCCUCAGUAUCACAGACCUCUCGGAGUAUCGAACAACUCCAUCUCCACCGCGCCCGCGCCGCAGCAGGUAUCGCCAGCAAAGACUGGCGCAGCAAAGGCAACGAGCGCCAUCUCCCCUCGCAAGCGGGAUCGUGGUCCUCCCCCUUCGGCAUUUGCCGCCUCAGGCUACAACAUGGCCUCCGACUUCCGCAUCUCCCCUGCAGCACACGCAGCUGCGCAGCCCCAGCCUAGUCCGCAGGCGAGGAGGACCAUGGUUGAGAGUGCGAGGGCAAAGACACUUCGCAAGAGUCGAGCUCCGACGCGACUGAACGUGAUGGUCGUUGGCGAGGCAGCAACGGGCAAGACGAUCUUCCUGCGCAGUCUACUUCAGAGUAUGCUUGGCGCGGGUGGGGAAGAUGGCAUGUCUGAUAGCGAGGAGCCGUUGGCUACAAUUUCGGGCGAUGCCAAAGACCUACUUCAGUCCUUUGGACUUAAUGCUCGCGGACGGCCAGGUAGGACGAAGCAAAUUCAGACAGUCGAAGGCAUUGAGCUUGUUCCCGACCAGGACGUGCUGCUCAGCGGUCUCUGUGACGAAGAGGAGCUGGCCCAGUCUCCUCAGAGACCAUCGCUACGCCGCAACGCCAGCUCGAAUAGUGUAGUUCCCUCAACCAGAGGGCAAAGGCGCCAACGUCGUGGCUCCAACACUUCUCGCCUCUCUGCCUCCAUGAGCUUCCUCGGUUCAGCAGCGCCGCCCAACCGCCUCUCCCUGAACCUGAUCGACACACCUGGUCUGCCCUCCGUACUGCCUCAGUCUACGCUCAACAGCGCUGCAAACGGCCCCACACCGGCUUUCCUUCGUCCAAUCGUCGAUGAGAUCGUCUCGCGAUACGUCCGCACGCUGAAAGAGGAGACCAAACUUCGCCGUGUACCCAGCAAGACGAGCGGCGGGGACAGUGAGCACGUGCACGUAGUCGUGUGGUUUGUCCAGCCCAGUGAGAUCCUUGAGGGGGGCAGGACGUGGUGGCGGGAGGAGCAGGAGAGGAUUCGGUGGGAGCGUCGCGAACAGAGGGAGAAGGCCAGACAGGAGGCUGAGAGAAAGAAGGUUGAGCAGCUCAGGGCUGCGCAGGAGAAGGACUUAGAGCUUGCACAGUCACAGACACAAGGAUUAGCCCGAGAUGGGGGCAAGGCAGCUAAUGCAAAGCCCGAUGGGCCGCAGCGUCGCCGUACUCUGUCCACGCCAGGACGACCUUCCUCUGCGACCUCUCUGGGCAGCGCCUCGCAAAAGUCGUCCUCGCGCCUCAACAGAGGCUCGGCAACCGCAAAUGAUGGCAGUACUGCGGGUGGCACUGGCGGCAGAAAGCGCGCCAAUUCUCUCAAGGGGAUGUUCCAAGACCUCAAAAUCGGCUCGGCUGAUGCCCCUCUCCCCCCAAGAAGGAGUCAGGCUGGUCAGCUCACAGAGAACAAGAGCGCUGCCGCUUCAACGGACGACGCCACCGACGUCAAGACGUCGGACAGCAAUGGCGGUCCCAAUCUCGCCCAGUCGCAAGCAGGGCAGGCGGCCGAUGAUCCGCAGGCAGGACAUGAUGGCGAUUUCGUCGACGAUGAUGAGGACGACGAGUCUUCAUACCUUCCGACUCUCUCCCCCUCUCAGAAGAUCGUCCUUUCGCAUCUCCUGCCGCUCGUGCCCGUUCUUCCUAUCAUUGCCCGCGCUGAUGGCCUUACCGUCCACCAGCUCGAAGCGGCAAGGAGGGGCGUGCAGCGCGGCUGGCAGGAGGUGGUGGAUGGCUUGGAGGCGAGACAGCAGAAGCGGGGAAGUAAGGGUAGUAAUCCGCCUACGGAGCAAUGGGGCUGGAUUGGCUUCGACAAUGGCGGUCGCCCAACGACAGGAGGAGGCGAGCAGCCGCAGACGCCAUACGACGAUGAUACUGACGAUACUGCAGCAGUCAAGCUCAUCAGGAUCAAAAGUCGUCGCUCCUACUCUUCGAACUUGCAUCAAGUCGGUGGCAGGAAUGCUCCUGCCGGGGAAGAGACGGAGCAACUCCGGGACAGCCCCAUGGACGAUCGACGCCGAGACAGGGACAGCCUUUACUCUUCUUCUCAGCAGAGCCAUGGAAGUAGUGCAGUCGAGCACACGGCGCCCCUCUUUGCGCGGCCGACACACAAGCGCGGGCCUGGCAGGUCGGGCUCUCAAAGUAGCGGCGGACAUGUGGGAGAAGGCGCAGCGUCCACCACACAUGGCCAUGACGACGAGAGUGAAGACGACGAAGAACAAUUUGACCCUGCCGACCCGGACCCACGUCUUCUCCUCGGAGUGCAAGACGUAGUGCCCUCGCGUGCGCAGAUGGAAGGACGAUGGCCUCUCGCUAUCUGGACACCGGAUUUGCCUCGAGCGAAUAUUACGCCUGCAGUGGAGGCGAGGGAGAAGGCCAGGGCCAAGAGGCUGAAUGAGGCUGCUGCUCAGCUGCAAGGAAGGACGCGAGGGGAGGGAGAGGAAGAAGAUGAUACCCGCUUUUCGAUGAUACCGACCGGUGUUGGUGACGAAGCGACAGCCACGCAAGCUCCCUCUGCCCCAACCCACACAAAGGCCCAACAAACCAGACACCAACCGCUGCCAUUGACCCGCACCUACCCUACGGGCUCAUCCCUUCAUCUUCUGAAUCCUGCUCAUUCCGACUUUCUAGCGCUCAAAGCCAUGCUGCUUGGCACGCAUACAGGGGUCAUCCUCGAGACGAGCAAGGAGACGUUUGAGGGAUGGAGAGGGGAAACGCUUGAGAUGCAGCAGCGCCAGAAGGCUGAGGCAGAGAAGCUGCAGAGGGCUGGUAAGCAAGAUGUGCAGGCUCGAGGUGUGGGUGACAAGGGAGGUUUGGGGAUGGGCAAGAACGGCGAUGGGCCUUGGGUUGUGGUAUGACCAUGCGCGGGUAGCGAAACGGACGCGAUUCCGGGCAUCAAGGGGCUGGCCUUGCUUGAUUUCCCUUCUCUUUAGCUGUUUGCCUCCCUUUCCUUGCCCUUCCUCUUUGACAUUCUCUCCUCGAUACCAUUUCUCUUGUUUUCAUCAUAUCAAUGCGAGUCACGGUGCGGCC